AUGGAGCACCACGGCAGGGAGGAGAUGGACUCAAAAGAGGAAAGUCCUCAGGUGUGGGCUGACUCUGCUGAGCAGGAACAGAAUACUGCUCAGGUGCACUUUGUGCCUGAGGGGGGGACAGUGGCACAGAUCGUGUACAGUGAUGAGCAGGACCGUCCCUCGCAGCAGGUCGUCUACGCGGCGGAUGGCACCUCCUACACCUCCGUGGACACCUCGGAGCACACGCUCGUUUACAUCCAUCCCGUGGAAGCUACGCAGACUCUGUUUACAGAUCCAUCCCAAGUGGCUUACGUCCAACAGGAUGCCACCACCCAGCAGGUAACUGUGCUCUUGCCUGCUGCUGCUCAGAGCAUGAAUCCCACCAACCUGUCCGUGCUCGGCAACGUUGCCGAAUCCCCCCAGCAAAUGGCUCUGGAGCAGGGUCCACAAGCAGAUAGAGCAUCAUUACCGGUGCAUAACCAGGUGUUACCUCCUAUGGAGGCAGUGGAUGGUUCUGACCCUUUAGCACCUCUGCAGAAUCAAAUGGGAAGGAUGGAAACAAAAGAGGAAGAUGAUGAGGAUGAAGAUGAGGAAGAAGAUGGGGAAGACACUGACAUGGAUGAAUGGGAUCCAGAUCCACCUCGACCCUUUGAUCCCAAUGAUUUGUGGUGUGAAGAGUGUAAUAAUGCACAUCCCUCUGUGUGUCCAAAACACGGACCUUUGCAUCCCAUCCCAAACCGGCCUGUGCUGACCAGGGCGAGAGCCAGCCUUCCCUUGGUGCUCUAUAUAGACAGGUUUUUGGGAGGUGUGUUCUCCAAAAGGCGUAUCCCAAAACGCACGCAGUUUGGACCUGUGGAAGGACCCCUGGUUAGACAAACUGAACUCAAAGACUGCUAUAUCCAUUUGAAGGUGUCUCUUGAUAAGGGUGACAGAAAAGACAGAGAUUUGCAAGAGGACCUGUGGUUUGAACUUUCUAGCGAGGCUCUUUGUAACUGGAUGAUGUUUGUGCGCCCAGCUCAAAACCAUUUGGAGCAGAACCUGGUAGCGUAUCAGUAUGGCCACCAUAUUUAUUACACAACCAUUAAAAACGUGGAGCCCAAGCAGGAACUCAAGGUGUGGUACGCUGCCUCUUACGCAGAGUUUGUGAACCAGAAGAUCCAUGACAUAUCUGAGGAGGAAAGGAAGGUUCUCAGAGAGCAGGAGAAGAACUGGCCGUGUUAUGAGUGCAAUCGUCGUUUCAUGAGCUCAGAGCAACUCCAGCAGCACCUCAACUCCCACGAUGAGAAGCUGGACUUCUUCAGCAGAGCCAGAGGCCGAGGUCGUGGGCGAGGAAAGAGGAGGUUUGGACCAGGCAGACGCCCAGGGCGCCCUCCCAAAUUCAUGCGUAUGGAAGUAACCAGUGAAAAUGGGGAAAAGUGUGAAGAAGGGACGCAGGACUUGCUGCAUUUUUCCAGCAAGGGGCAGUUUGAUGAGGCCGGACAAGCCACACUGAAUGGGUUGGAGCAGCAGGAACAGACUCCAGUGCCAUCAGAGACACAGUCGGCACUGGAGCAGCAGUCAGAAAACCACCCGCUACAAAUCCAGCCGCAGCAUGAUGAGAGCACGGUGCCUACGCAGAGCACCAUGACAGCAGAUGACAUGAGGCGAGCAAAGCGUAUCAGGAAUGCAGCUCUUCAGCACCUGUUCAUACGGAAAUCCUUUCGGCCGUUCAAAUGCCUCCAGUGCGGGAAGGCCUUCCGGGAGAAGGACAAACUGGAUCAGCAUUUGCGGUUUCAUGGACGGGAAGGGAACUGCCCUUUGACUUGUGACAUCUGCAACAAGGGCUUCAUCAACAGCGGUGCUCUCGAGAGCCACAUGAAGUUCCACAUGGACCAGAAAACAUACUCCUGCAUUUUCUGUCCUGAGUCCUUUGACCGCUUGGAUCUGCUUAAAGAUCAUGUGGCCAUCCAUGUCAACGAUGGCUAUUUCACCUGCCCUACCUGCAAAAAACGCUUUCCAGAUUUUAUCCAGGUCAAGAAACACGUACGCAGUUUCCAUUCAGAAAAGAUUUACCAGUGUACAGAAUGUGACAAGGCUUUCUGCCGUCCUGACAAGCUGCGACUCCAUAUGUUGCGACACUCAGACCGCAAAGACUUCCUGUGCUCCACGUGUGGCAAGCAGUUCAAGAGGAAAGACAAGCUGCGAGAGCACAUGCAGAGGAUGCACAACCCGGAGAGGGAGGCCAAGAAAGCUGAUCGAAUCAGCCGCUCAAAAACGUUCAAGCCUCGGAUAGCUUCCACUGACUACGAAAGCUUCAUGUUCAAGUGCCGGCUCUGUAUGAUGGGUUUCCGCCGGAGGGGGAUGUUGGUGAAUCAUUUAUCAAAGAGACAUCCAGACAUGAAAAUAGAAGAGGUGCCAGAGCUCACGUUGCCCAUCAUCAAACCCAACAGAGAUUACUUCUGUCAGUACUGUGAUAAGGUGUACAAGAGUGCCAGUAAACGCAAAGCACACAUCCUGAAGAACCAUCCUGGUGCGGAGCUACCUCCAAGCAUCCGGAAACUGCGCCCUGCGGGCCCAGGAGAGCCAGAUCCCAUGCUGAGCACCCACACCCAGCUGACAGGCACCAUAGCCACCCCUCCGGUCUGCUGUCCUCACUGUUCCAAGCAGUACAGCAGUAAGACGAAGAUGGUACAGCACAUUCGCAAGAAGCACCCGGAGUUUGCUCAGCUCCCUAACACAAUACAUGCCCCGCUGGCGACAGCUGUCAUCAGUUCCACUCCUGCCGUUCUAACCACCGACAGCACUACCGGAGAGACUGUUGUGACGACAGAUUUACUGACACAAGCAAUGACGGAGAUAUCCCAGACCCUCACAACAGACUAUCGAACUCCCCAGGGAGAUUACCAGCGAAUCCAGUACAUCCCUGUGUCUCAGUCCACAACUGGCUUGCAGCAGCCUCAGCACAUACAGCUACAGGUUGUUCAAGUGGCCCAGGCUACCUCACCUCACCAGUCCCAGCACUCCACAGUGGACGUUGGGCAGCUUCAUGACCCCCAGACAUACACCCAGCAUGCUAUCCAGGUGCAGCACAUCCAGGUCACAGAGCCACCGCCAGCAACUCAGUCGUCAUCGCAGGUUGGGGGUCAGCCUUUGAGUCCCUCCUCACAACAAUCUCAGCAGGAACUCAGCCCCUCACAGAUGCAGACGACUACAUCUACACCAAACCAAGCCCUCCAGCAGCAGCAAGGGUCUUCGGUUCAGCACACGUAUCUUCCCAGCACAUGGAACUCAUUUCGGAGCUAUUCAUCUGAGAUUCAGAUGAUGACCAUUCCCCAAGGCCAGUACGUGAUCACAGAGACCGCUGUAGGUACACCGGUCACCACUGUCAACACAGGGCAAGUGAAAGCAGUUACUCAGACUCACUAUGUGAUAUCUGAAGGUCAGCCUGAUCUGGAUGUCAAACAAAACCCGUCGCUCUCCAGCGAGGUACAGGUCGGCGUCCCCCAGCCACCCGCCCACACGGAUACCUUGGAAUCGCAAACGAGCAGUCAGCAGCAAACCACCCAGUACAUAAUCACUACAACCACCAACGGGAACGGCGGCAGUGAAGUGCACAUCACUAAACCAAGAACUUUCUCAGCAGAACACGAAUGAAGAAGCCUCGCGGUGUCGCUUGCUUGUACUUGUCACCUCCCCCGAAAGCCCAGAUCGAUGGGUAUCCUGGAGCUCAAUAUGUUUUAAAGUAUCUGCUCACUUAACUUCAACUAAAGUCUUGGAGCUCUUGUUAAUGCUUUAAGAGGGUUUAAGUCCCCGGUGACCAUGAAGAAGUACCCUCAAAAUCCUUCUGGGAUGCUAUUUUAUGCAGCUUUUAACAAAAAGGACAAGAGGAGAAGUGAAACCUCUGCUUGCUCUGGACUUCAUUUUUGGCAUGUCUGCUGACCCUUACUGUUCCUUCCUGGAAGUGUCCCCAGCAAACAACUUUUUAUUUCAAUAGUAUGGGAAAAAGCUUGCCUAACUGAAGGCUAACUGGCAGAUUAUGUUGUAUGUAUAUUUUUAAUAGGAGCCGUUAAACAGGAGGACGUCGUGUACAUUGCCAGAAUACGGCAGAACUGCUUCCCAUGUCUUUGUUUCAGCAGCCAAGGUGAAAGGGAAUGUACCAGCUCAACGCGAGCAGACUGCCUGGAGAAAAAGAGCAGCAGCAGCAAAGCCGGUGGCUCCUUGCGUACGUGCGCGGGGAUGGAUGUAACAACAAAGCUGUGAAGAUGUGCCGAGGCAGUCCAUUAAAUUAUUAUUUUUCCAACCCUGGAGAACUGUUUACAUGCUGUCUGCCCUGCCCUAUUUUACCAAGCAGUUCCAGAAAGAACGAAAAGUGCAGUCUUAAACCCAUGUUUGGAACAAACUGAUCGAAAUCAUAGUAGCACAUAAGGGUAGUACGGAGGCACUGUUCUCUCUUUUUCCCCUCCAGUAUUUGCAGGGAAAACGGCCUUUUUGCCUGUGAACAAAAAAGGCUCAGCUUAGCCUGCAUAGCAGCUUCUGCUGGGACCUACAGAUAGCUGUGCCAGGAGAAAGCGAGGGUACGGGAGCACACCCUGGAAGAGGCAGGGUGGUUGUCUCUGUUGCCACCUCAGAGUGGACGUAUUUUACCCCUUGAAGACUGGAUGGAGAGUUGGUUACUUUUGAUUUUCCAAAUACCUUGUUAACAAUACACUGUAAUUCCUUUGGACAGUUCCAUAAAAUGAGCAGCCCUGGACUCAGGAAACAUACACGGAACAUGCUAGUGGACCACUAUUUAUGGGACACAGAAAGCCAUCUGUGGGGGUUGCCUGCUUUGGUAGACCUGGUCUAUCUCAGAAUUUAUGUUACGUUUAGGGACCAGGAGAAAGGGAAAGAGAAGAUUUAUCUCUUAAGGCAGUGUAAUUUUCUUUUUCUUACAUAAUUCUCCUUCACAGGUCUUGUUGCUUGGUUAUUUAAUGCAUUCUGGGAUUUGCAAGAAUAUGACUACAACUCCGUUGACGCUUGAUGGGAUAUACUGUGUAUGUCUAAACCUCCCUUCACUCUGCUUGAAAACUCAUCCCAGAAUGUCUGUGCAUAAUAGGAUACGUUUAUUUAUAAAAACAAAAGCAAAGAAGGAUGUUUUGUCCUAAUGGCCCUUGAGACUGAAGAACUGAGAGAGGUUUUCUUGAUCCGUUUUCUCUUGUGCCGCACCGAGUGUGAAGGCGGGACUCUUCCUGCGUAAGUACCCCCCCAGAUUUAGAUGAGGAUUACCCGUGCGAGUAAGCGCUACAGCUGUUUACAGGUUGUGGUAUCGGGCCUUAUGCAGUUAAAGCUCUUAGACACGAGAGAACUUCACACUCGGACUGGACGAGAGGAAGUCUGAUGACUUGCGGGCAAAGCCUUGCAGCAGGUAUCGCUUUGGUAAUUAAUAUAUCUGUUAAUACGGCGUGGAAAUAGUGACGGUGCGUGGUAAAAUAAAUCAGAUUGAAAACACCGGCCAGCUCAGAACUGUUUUGAGGUAGCUUUGAUAAGGACUUGGUGACUUGCCAAAAUGUGGAUUAAUUUGUUCCUGGGAUUUGGCUUCUCUUGCUUGUACCACCGUCCUGGGGCAUUAACGAGACCGGUGAAGUUAAUAAGGACCAGAGCUCCCAUUUAGUUAAGCGCAGCGGUGUCUUUGAAUUCGGUGGAUUUGGGAGCCCAUCGACUUCAGCAGCGUGGCCAAGGGGCUGCAGUUCCCGCUAGUUCACUUGAAGUCGUGCUGCCGAGGGCUUCUGAAUUACGACGUUGGGCGUUGCGACGUUGUUGGUGUGGGAGAAGAGAAGGGAGAUUUUUGUCUUGGCUUUCUUCAGGCUGCUAGGUUAUUUUAUGAGUCAAAAAAUGGCAUGAGUAAUAGGAAAAUAGGAGAUUUGGAAAUGGGAUAUUCCAGGCGGAUACUGCCCUACAGGAGCAAUUUUAAAGACUUAAAAGGUCUAUAGUCUGUACAGAUGAACAUCAAACUUUUUCCCCUUAGUGAUACUGCAGAUGUGGGGUUUAAAAAAUAUUUUGUUCUGUUCACCUUUGGAAAGGAUCACAGACUGUGAGGACACUUGUACCUGCUAGUCAAGGCUGAAAACUACACGGUGUUCCACAAAAGCAUUUUAAAACAGCCUCUGUGAACUCAACUCUUCCUUAUCAAAGUUUCUACUCUGGCCUACAGCAACGGCAGCGUACUCGGUACCUGCGUUAAGUGAUUCACGGUGUCCCAAGUUAAACGAAUGCAUCGUCGCGAGAGAAGCAUCCCUGGAAAUUGAAGUAUCAUGAAUUUUCCUUCCGAAGUAAGGAACUACAGCGAUUGCACAGUUGGCAGGGGCCCGCUUUUAGAAAGGCGACAAAAAAAAAAAAAGAUAAGUUUGCAUGGAUUUUUUUCUCCCAUUUCUGCAGUGCAGAAGGUGUCGGAUUUAUUAUUAUUUUUAAGCCAGAGCAACCCAAAGAUCUCUUUCCUACGUAAUGUCCCACAGGAGCUUAACCCUGGAGUCCUCUCGGUUGCCGAAAAGGGCCACGUUUUACUCGAAGGUGGGCAUCGCUGCAGGCUCCUCGGCAGCCUGAUGCUGUUCCUUGUAGGCGUUUUGGGUCCGAUUCUGUAUUUUCCUGGAGCGAAGAAGGAAAAAAAAAAAAAAAAGGCACCCUGAAUUUGCACCUCUCGGACUGUUUGGGCUGUUUUGCUCUGCCCCUUAUUUAAUUGUGUAUGUUCGUUGUACAUUCAGUGACCGUUAUCGUGUUCAUAGUCUCGUGCAACCUGGCAGGUGUAAAAAAAACAAACAAAAAAAC